CAUUAUCAAUGUACCUCUCACACCCAGUUAACAAGUCAUCCAACACAAAUAUAUUGGCUCAAGUUAACAAGUAAAACACGACAAGAUGGAGAGCCCUCACGAACAUCAACAAAAUCUCCUCUUAUCGCGUAUCAUCACCAAUGUUGAGAAACUCAAUGAGGCGGUCGUCGUUAUGAACAAAAGCCUCCAGGAGAUCAACAUUCAGAAUAUGAAUAUUGAGCUUGUCGCCCAGAUGUUCAAGAACUACCAAUCCAACGUGCUCUUCCAUUUAGAAGCUACGGACAACCUCAAAGAGCCUUCGUGAAAUACAUCUUGGUAUGUGGUGGUUGACAGAGCAUUAGGUAUCCUAUCUGGAUACUUCUUGUGGGCAUGGUUUUCAUCAUGAUGAAAAGUCCACGGAAGACAAGAUCCUAGGAAUUUUUAGCAACACAACACAACUGCGAUAGAGGGGUUACUUGAAGUGUAGAUUCCGCACAAUGAGAAUUAUUAUCCUACAA